AUGGAAUGUAUUAUCACUUAUAAGUAUCUUUCUUUCAAUUACGUAUUUUGUAUUGCUGAUUAUCGCUUAGACGCACUCAUUACGGUAGAUAAAAUAGAAGCUGUGUCACAUAAACCUGAUUACACCAAAGGAGGUCAAUCAGAAAUCAAUAUGGUUACUAUUGAUGUCAUAUUGAUAGAGUUGCAAAAUUGCAAUAAACUCUCUGUGGCUGCUCCAUCAUACAAUUCAUUAAGUCAUAAAGAAAGUAAUCAAUGA